CAUCUUUGUCCUGCAUCGACCUCCUGGCCUCGCUUUCCCCUCGAAUAGUGCCAUCACCGGGUUCCUUGUUCUGCUUGGCUGGUCGGUUAUAGCUCCAGCUUUUUAACAGCGUACUCUUGCCGAAUCUUGACCCUUGAGAGCAGAAUGUGGCAUAUUGGACUUGCUGGCCUAUUCAGUUGAAACCCGCUCCCACUGAUUCCCUGACACAAUCGGCAUCCAUACUAUCGCCCUAACUACCACCCUCUCUACCUGCACAAUGGCGUCCGCUGUAUUCUUCUUGGACCUGAAGGGCAAGACCCUUUUAGCCCGCAACUACCGUGGAGAUAUUCCCAUGUCCGCAGUCGAGAAAUUCCCCAUCCUCCUUAACGAAGCCGAAGAAGAAAGCUCCGCCGUCCCUCCCUGUUUCUCCCAUGAAGGAAUCAAUUACCUCUACAUUCGUCACAGCAAUCUCUACAUCCUCGCCCUAACCAAGAGAAAUACCAAUGCCACCGAGAUCCUCCUCUUCCUCCACAAGAUCGUGGAAGUCUUUACAGAAUAUUUCAAAGUCCUGGAGGAAGAGAGUAUUCGCGACAACUUCGUCAUCAUUUACGAGCUGCUGGACGAGAUGAUGGACUUUGGCUACCCUCAGACAACAGAGAGCAAGAUCUUGCAAGAAUAUAUUACACAAGAGUCACACAAGCUUGAGAUCCAAGCCCGACCACCUAUCGCCGUCACAAAUGCGGUCUCCUGGCGAAGCGAGGGCAUUCGCUAUCGCAAGAACGAAGUCUUCCUCGAUGUUGUUGAAUCUCUCAAUCUCCUGGUAUCGGCGUCCGGAAACGUCUUGCGAUCGGAGAUCCUGGGUGCUAUCAAGAUGAAGUGUUACCUGAGUGGUAUGCCGGAGCUGCGGUUAGGCCUUAACGACAAGGUUAUGUUCGAAACGACUGGCCGCGCUACACGAGGCAAGGCGGUCGAAAUGGAGGAUGUCAAAUUCCAUCAGUGCGUCCGACUUUCCAGAUUCGAGAACGACCGGACUAUCAGCUUUAUUCCGCCGGACGGAGAGUUUGAACUUAUGAGCUACCGUCUCAACACGCAGGUCAAGCCUCUAAUCUGGGUAGAGUGUCUGGUCGAAUCACAUUCGGGCUCCCGAAUGGAAUAUAUGUUGAAGGCCAAAGCACAAUUCAAGCGUCGCAGCACUGCGAACAAUGUAGAAAUCCUUGUCCCCGUGCCAGAAGACGCAGACUCUCCCCGGUUCCGCACCAAUAUCGGAAGCGUCCACUACGCGCCCGAAAAGUCGGCGAUCAUCUGGAAGAUCAAGCAGUUCGGUGGAGGGAAGGAGUUCCUCAUGCGCGCCGAACUCGGCCUGCCGUCCGUCAAGGGCGACGACGAGCACGGCGGAGGCAUGACCGGAGGCUUCGGAGGCAGCAUGGGCGGCACCGGGCAAGGCAAAGCCAAGCGACCCAUCAACGUCAAGUUUGAAAUUCCCUACUUCACCACUAGUGGUAUCCAAGUGCGGUACCUGAAGAUCACAGAGCCCAAGUUGCAAUACCCCUCCCUUCCUUGGGUUCGAUACAUUACGCAGUCUGGCGAUAUCGCUGUCCGUAUGCCCGAUGUACAAUGAUUUGAAGCCGCCGUGUUAGCUCAAAUAGACAUUUUUCUUUCUUUUCUGUCCCAGGCCAAAGGUGUCAAGUGGCAGGUAGAGCCUGUCUCCCAGUGUACAGCUCCUGCACCCUCAAUAAUGACUAUACUCCGAACUAUUUUAUUUUACCCACCUCUAAAGCAGCAGGGGUCAAAUGACGCUCAAGCCUAUUUGAGCAGGAGCUCGCAUGAUCGUAUGCUGAGCAUUCGACUGGUUCCAUCUGGAGGCUAAAGAGAAAAGUUGUACCAAUAUGCAAAUAAUGUCCGACGAUAGAUGUGAUUUAAAUUCGACGAACAUUGGCAAUUGUCCUUA